AUGGCGGAGGAAAUUGUGAACCUCUACUCUCGGCUUUGUAUUCGAGAGGAGGAGAAGAAAUCGAUUGACCUAGGAGCCCUAACGAGCGGCGAGGAGGAGAAUAAUCUGUCACUAAUGCUUGUUGGGAAACUGCUCACACAUAGGUCCUAUAACGUUGAGGCGUUCAAGAAGACAAUCACUAGCAUCUGGUCUCCGAUUCAUGGUUUGGCAAUUAGGGUUCUUAGCCCUAAUCUCUACGCUUUCCAAUUCUUUCAUUGGAAAGAUCUCGAUAAGGUGUUACGAGGACGUCCAUGGUGUUUCGAUAAUAUGCUCGUUCUAUUGAAAGAAAUCGAUGGUGAUGAACAACCAGAAGAUGUGACUCUCACGCACUCCCCUUUUUGGGUUCGUAUAAAAAACCAACCCUUCAAUUGCAGAUCGAACUCCCAUGUCAGGGCAAUUGUGGAGGGGAUGGGUAAAGUUAUGGAGAUUGAAGAGGAUAUUCUUGGAAUAGGGAGAUACCGGAGGGUUCGAUUAAUGCUUAAUAUCACAAAACCCUUGAAGCGUUUCCAGGAAAUCAAAGAUCGCAGAGGAAGAGAAUCGUAUGUGAAUUUUGCUUACGAGAGACUCCCUUUUUUCUGUUUCUCCUGUGGGAUAAUGGGGCAUGCUGAGCGUGAGUGUCAUAAUGUUACUGAAGAGGACAGGCAGGAACAAUUGGGAUGGAGCUUAGACCUAAAGGCUACCCCAAGAAAAGGAAUGUCGAAGGAAAUGGAAGAGAUUGAGAAUCUGAAGGAUAGCAGGCUGGAGUUGGAUACUGAAGGAGAAAUAGCAUUGAAAACCCGUACGUGGAAAAGAAUAGGCCAGACAAAGCAAAAUGCAACAGAGGUUACCACUGAUGCACCCACUAAACGUGGUUCAAAGGAGUUAGGCUCUAUAGAAGAUGACACCUUCGGAGGGAAGCGAAUUAAGCAGGGUGAGGUGAAUACGAUGGAUGUUUCAAUGGCGGCGGUGAUUGGCUCGGGCCAAUCCCGCCUCACACAAUGA